AACGAAAAGUGUUGGAACUGCAGCAGCAGUUACAAACAAACGAGCGAGUGAAUUAAGCCAAGUAGUUCAAUCAAUUCGAAGACUUGAACGAGAAUUUUCCUGAGAAGCGCCUUCAUCAUGUCCUUGGUGCCAAUGUUUUUCCGCAACUGGUGGGAUGAUCCCUGGCAGAACGGACCGUUCCAAACGCCCCGGAUAUUGGAUCAGCAUUUUGGUAGUGGUAUCUUCCCGAAUGACUUGUUUCGGGCGAUGACAAGCUGCCAACCGCCUCAGCUGAAGCGCAUGGGUUUUGGUCGUCCUUGGGGCGAUCUUAGUCAACAACUUAGUUACAGUUCGCUGGCGACAAACAAGGACAAGCUUCAGAUUCAUCUGGACGUACAGCAGUUCCUCCCGAACGAGAUAACGGUGAAAACCGUUGAAAACACAAUUGUGGUCGAAGGAAAGCACGAGGAGAAGCAGGAUGAGCACGGAUUCGUUUCGAGACACUUUGUGCGUCGUUAUGCCCUGCCAAGUGAGCACGAUCCCAAAGAUGUUGUCUCGAGCCUGUCCUCCGAUGGCGUGCUAAUCAUCACCGCCCCCAGAAAGGCUCCUGCGCUGCCGGAGGCGACCAAUGCUAGAACCGUCCCCAUUACACAAACUGGCGAAGAUUCAAAAUGAAUCAAUGAAAAAGAGCAUAACUGAAAAUAGCAUUUGCAAAACGGGCAAAAUAAUAAGUUGGCAGUUGUUGUUGACAUUACUUGAUUUGGUUUAAUAUUUAUUGACUUUUGUAAUAAACUAUGUUAACUUUUUUUAUACAAUUA